AUGGCCCACCACUUCCCCCAUGGAUCAAAGCUCCAAAUCAUUGCCAUGUACAAGGAGUGCCUCCACAACCACGCCGCCCACGCCGGCGGCUAUGCCCUCGACGGAUGCAGCCUGUUCGAGCCCGGCGGCCCGUCCGGGACCCGCCACUCCGCCACAUGCGCCGCGUGCGGCUGCCACCGCAGCUUCCACCGCCGCGUCGAGGUCGACCUCCCCCGCCGCCACGACGGCGACGGCCCGACGGCCGUCCCAUCACCGGAUCCGCCGCACAGCCGCCAGCCGCCGCCGCCGCCGCCUGGCCACCGAGCGCAGCCGAGCCCCGAGUUCCCGAAUUUGCCCCCGGCGCCGCCUCAGGCCCGCCGGGGGACGACGCCCGGCCAUGGGCAGUUCGCGAGACGGGAGGCGGGGGUGGACGGUGGGUCCCGUGGGCAGGGUAGAAGGUUGGAUAAGUCACAGAGUAAGAGGCUGAGAGUGAUUGCGGAAGUGAACGAUUGGAAGAUGUUUAGGGAUUAUUCGAAAGAGGAGAUUGUGAGCAUAUGCGAGGAGGUCGGGAUUAAUAAGUCGUGCUUCAAGGCUUGGGUUGCGUACCAUAGGCACGGCCAGAUGAGUAGACAGGCGGUUUUCAAUUGA